GUUACUUUUAUGAUUACUCUUUUGAAAGGGGAAGAUACCCUUGAGAACAAAAUUGUAUAGUGGAGGACUUCUUCAGUUUGCCAUGUGUUUGAAUCUCUUCUAUUGGUGCUCACUUAAGAGCAAAUUCCCAAUGGGUUCCACUUAGGAUGCCCUUUGUAGGACCAUUCAAAUGAGGGAUGUUUUUUGGUGUCUCCCACUGGUGAUUGAAGUGUCAAUGUUGAAAAGGAUGAAGGAUAGAGGAUGAAGGAUGAAGGAUGAUGGGGUGUUAGCAUCGCAGGUGGGUGAUAUGUGGACUCUACACCCAAUAUAAGGGGCAAAGUAACCCAGAUGACUGUUACCACUAGAAGACAUUGAUGCAGAAGGGUGUGGUGAGCUUGUCUAGAGUGAAUAGUGAUGGCUCUGGUUUACCUGUGGCUUUAGUUCUCAUCUUUGCAUAUAUAUAAACUAUCUUUUGGAUUCAAGUCAAAAGAAUCAGUCAAGAAAAUCCCCACUCCCCCUACCCCACUAGAAAGUGAAAUAACACAAGACAUUGUCUCCUAAGAUUCCUUUCCUCCAUUUCAAAAUACCUCACUCUCUCUUCUUGGCUGUCCCUAUUCUCCCCUCCUAAUACAGUUUGUGGGGCACCUUAUGUUUCUUUUGUCAGGAUUCUCUUCUCUACAAAGGACUAGAAACAAAGAAUAAAUGAAAGCCCCCACAAAUCCAUUAAAGAGAAGAAGCCAGAAUCUGUCUCUGUUUUUUUCUCUCUCCCUCUUUCUCUUUCUAUCAUCACCCACCUUCUUUAAGGAGUAGGCUUCCCUCUGAUUUGCUUUCUCAGAUGAAGACAAUCAUGGCUAGGAGCAACUCUCAAGAUUUCUCCUCCAAGAGACACUUCCACUGGACUAGGAAGGUUAGCAACGAAGAUGACGAAACUCCAACCUUCAAAUCCUCCUCAAACACUAGUGAGGAUGACAAAAAGGAGAACGAAAAGGGCGUGGUGCAAGAGCCAUCAGUGGCAGCUCCAGCUGCAGCUCCAGCUCAAGCUCCAGCACAAACACCUACACCAAAGAAGAAACUGCAGGCCGUUGCAGUUUCCAGGCUUCGAUCGGUUCUCACCAUUUUCGGCAGGAACCGAUCACAAUUACCACAUGGUCUCGGCCCCAGAGUGGUCGGUACUCUUUUCGGGAACCGACGUGGGCACGUACAUUUUGCCUUCCAAAAGGAUCCCACUUCCCAACCAGCCUUCUUGAUUGAACUGGCCACCCCAAUAAGUGGAUUAGUCCGAGAAAUGGCAUCUGGGUUAGUUCGAAUUGCAUUGGAGUGUGACAAAGAAGAAGAGAAGAAGUCAGUUAGACUGCUGGAAGAGCCUCUGUGGAGGACCUACUGUAAUGGGAAGAAGUGUGGAUUCGCAACAAAGCGCGAGUGUGGACCCAAAGAGUGGAAUGUUUUGAAAGCAGUAGAACCAAUUUCAAUGGGUGCAGGGGUUUUGCCUGGGGAAGGACCUGAAACUGGGUCGGAUGGUGAACUCAUGUACAUGAGGGCCAAGUUCGAGCGAGUUAUUGGGUCUAGAGAUUCAGAGGCUUUCUACAUGAUGAACCCUGACAGCAAUGGAGCUCCUGAACUUAGCAUCUACCUGCUUAGAGUCUAAGUGGCCAUGGAAGGAAGGUCUGAGCUACCAAAUUUUCCCUUUGUGUUGUUGAGAUUUUACAAGAGUAAACCCAAUGAUACUUGCUUGGCUCUUGACCCAUCAAAAUGGAGCUCCACAUCUCUCCAACCUUUUUCUUCCUUCUUUUUUUUUUUUUUUUUCUUUUUUUUUUCCUGUCAAAAUGGAAAAUGGGGUUAUUGUUAGUUUGUUAGUUUUAGGGUGGGGAUGGCUAUACACUAUAACUUGAUGUUAGGUGGGGGGUGAUGAAGGUGUAUAUGUAUAAACUUUUCUCUUUUUUCCUUUCUUUAAUCAAUCCUUUCUCAAGUGAUUAGACAAGGAGGCUAGUGCAGUCAUGAUUGUCUUUGCAAUUUGGCUUAUUCCAUUUUCCAUUCUUUUGCAGAUUUGUCAUAUAAUGGAGUGUUGAUAGAUGUCUUGCUUCCACCUUUACAUCA